AUGCAGAAGACAAGUUGGAACAUAGGCCACUCUGAGACUGCCGCUCAGAUCACACUCCCGAGCCGUGUGCCCACGCGACCUCCACCAUCUCUGGACCUGACCCCGGCCCCCCAGAUGCCUCUGCUGCCUCAUGGCAAAACCGAAGAGCGGUGCAAACUGCCUCUAGCAUCCGGAGACGUAGAGCCCCAGCCUGCGGAGUGGCGUGGGCAGAGCGCGGAGGGCAGCCCCUGCCGCAUGGUCCGCCCUCCGGGAAACUUUGGCGGGCGGUGGCGCGGGCGGCGGCGCGGCGGCCGAGCUCCCCCGCGCGGCGAGCUCUGCUGCGGGGAGGCGCUCGCCCCGCGCCGCGCUGCCUGUGCGUGCGGGAACGGCCCCCGCAGCCCGAGCGGACUCUGGAGCCGGCGGCAGCGCGCGUCUCGCAGGCGGCGGCGUCCAGCGCCCGGGCCCGGGCUGCGCGGCCAGCCCGAGGGCUGCGGCGCCAGGGACGCGCGGGGCCCGCGCUCCGCCGCCGCCGCCGCCGCCGCCUGCUGCCGCCGCGAGGUCAUCCGGAUCCUCGGGUGCCAGCCGGUGCCCACUUUUCCCACUCCGGAUCUGCAUGGGAAGUUGGGGAAGAUGGACAGGGUCGUGUUGGGGUGGACCGCUGUCUUCUGGUUAACAGCCAUGGUCGAAGGCCUGCAGGUCACAGUGCCCGACAAGAAGAAGGUGGCCAUGCUCUUCCAGCCCACCGUACUCCGCUGCCACUUCUCCACAUCCUCCCAUCAGCCUGCAGUGGUGCAGUGGAAGUUCAAAUCCUACUGCCAGGACCGCAUGGGGGAAUCCUUGGGCAUGUCCUCUCCCAGGGCCCAAGCUCUCAGCAAGAGGAACCUGGAAUGGGACCCCUACCUCGACUGUCUAGACAGCAGGAGGACCGUUCGAGUGGUAGCUUCUAAGCAGGGCUCCACCGUUACCCUGGGAGAUUUCUACAGGGGCAGAGAGAUCACCAUAGUUCAUGAUGCAGAUCUUCAGAUUGGAAAGCUCAUGUGGGGAGACAGCGGACUCUAUUACUGCAUCAUCACCACCCCGGAUGACCUGGAAGGCAAAAAUGAGGAUUCCGUGGAACUGCUGGUGUUGGGCAGGACAGGGCUGCUUGCUGAUCUCUUGCCCAGUUUUGCUGUGGAGAUCAUGCCAGAGUGGGUGUUUGUCGGCCUGGUGAUCCUGGGGAUCUUCCUCUUCUUCGUGCUGGUGGGGAUCUGCUGGUGCCAAUGCUGCCCUCACAGCUGCUGCUGCUAUGUCCGCUGCCCAUGCUGCCCGGAUACCUGCUGCUGCCCUCAGGCCUUGUAUGAAGCAGGGAAAGCAGCCAAGGCCGGGUACCCUCCCUCUGUCUCCGGUGUCCCAGGCCCCUACUCCAUCCCCUCUGUCCCUUUGGGAGGAGCCCCCUCUUCUGGCAUGCUGAUGGACAAGCCGCAUCCACCUCCCUUGGCACCAAGUGACUCCACUGGAGGAAGCCACAGUGUUCGCAAAGGUUACCGGAUCCAAGCCGACAAAGAGAGAGACUCCAUGAAGGUCCUGUACUAUGUCGAGAAGGAGCUGGCUCAGUUCGAUCCAGCCAGAAGGAUGAGAGGCAGAUAUAACAACACCAUCUCAGAACUCAGCUCCCUGCACGAUGAUGACAACAAUUUCCGCCAGUCCUUCCACCAGAUGCGGAGCAAGCAGUUCCCUUUGUCAGGGGACUUGGAGAGCAACCCGGACUACUGGUCAGGUGUCAUGGGAGGCAACAGUGGGAACAGCCGGGGGCCAGCCCUGGAGUAUAACAAAGAGGACCGCGAGAGCUUCAGACACAGCCAGCCGCGCUCCAAAUCCGAGAUGCUGUCGCGGAAGAACUUUGCCACGGGCGUGCCGGCCGUGUCGAUGGACGAGCUGGCGGCCUUCGCAGACUCCUACGGCCAGCGGUCGCGCCGCGCCAACGGCAACAGCCACGAGGCGCGGGCCGGGAGCCGCUUCGAGCGCUCGGAGUCGCGGGCGCACGGCGGCACCUUCUACCAGGACGGCUCGCUGGAUGAGUACUACGGGCGCGGCCGCAGCCGCGAGCCGCCGCCGGGAGACGGGGACCGCGGCUGGGCUUACAGUCCCCCGCGUCGCCGGCCGCCCGAGGAGGCUCCGCUGCCGCGCCUGGUGAGCCGGACCCCGGGCACCGCGCCCAAGUACGACCACUCGUACCUGAGCAGCGUGCUGGAGCGCCAGGGGCGAGCCGAGAGCACCAGCCGGGGUGGCAGCCUGGAGACGCCGUCCAAGCUGGGUGCGCAGCUCGGCCCGCGCAGCGCCUCCUACUACGCCUGGUCGCCGCCCGCCACUUACAAGGCUGCGGCCAGCGAGGGCGAAGAUGAGGACGAGGCGGCGGACGAGGACGCGCUGCCACCCUACAGCGAGCUGGAGCUGAGCCGGGCCCCGUCCUACCGCGGCCGCGACCUGCCCUUCCACAGCAACUCGGAGAAGAGGAGGAAAAAGGAGCCCGCCAAGAAAACUAGUGACUUUCCAACCAGAAUGUCCCUUGUGGUCUGACCGUUUCAACUCCGGAUCACUAGAAAUCAGAUGCAGACUACGAGAUGAGACACAAAUCUGAGAGCCAGCAAACCUAGGACCUUCUCUGGCCAGCAGCCACCUUGGAAGAUUUGUUGAUCUCUGCUUUGGCUAUGGACAGGAGGCAUCCUUUAAGGAGGCUGAUUUCAAACCCUGGUGCCCAAUCUAUCUUGAGAAACUUACCAAGAAGACAACGAUGUGUGAGAACGUACCACAUAAUAACCCACAGGGUCUAUCUUGCCCCACCCACAUUUCCUUAGCGGAAUCUGUGUCCAGUUCUGAAACAGAUAGCUUUGGACCCCUGACCUCUAGAAAUUACCUAUGCUUGCAGUAUGUUUUUCUACAAGUGCUGUUCUGUGCUUAGAGACAGAAGAAUUUAUUACUACCAUUAGAAGACCUUCCGCUCACAAGAGAGAUAACUUCGAGGUAAAAUGUACCUUUUAUCCCCAUCACUUGCAGUGACUGAGUCUUGUUAUGCUAAAAUCAGAAGGCCCUUGUUGAGCUUAAUGGCAGUGACCUCCUGGGCAAUCACACAGAAAUGGCUUCAAUUUGCUGCUGUGACUCACAGUUCUUAAGUGGCUGGGCAAACAGGAUAGCAUUUUGAAAAGCUGCCCAAGUGGUCUUUCUCUGUCCAUUCGGGGGACGUAAGUUGCGUCUCAUCUUUCUGUUGUGCAGAGUGACAUCCGAGCCUUGAACUCCUACGUCUCUCUCCUCUCCGCUCCUCUUCUGAACUUUUCAGGGAGGGGCUGGCACGUCUGAGGGUGUCCCACUCCAUUCUGCAGUGUGACUAACUUGUCAUCAGGUGCCUUUGACAGAUGUUCAAAACACUCACGUGAAAGAGGACGAGAAAAGGAGAAAGCAGUGGUACAAGAGGAGGAAAGGGGAAGAAUUUAGGAGGAAAAUAAUAUGCCGUCUCAUUGCAUCUUGAAUGUGGGUUAUUUUCCCACAAACACACUCAGAUUUUUUUUUUAUUGGAUCUCUACUUCAUUUAAGGAUUAUUUCUACCAUCCCGAUUCUGCCACUGCAGGGCACCAGGGAUGUGGUGUCCACCCCUCUUGGUCUCCCUGACCUGCCACUGUAGAUGCUUUGGAGAGAAGAAAGGCACCACUUUCUCAGCAAGAAACACUUCCUCUUCCUACCCUUGCAAAAAUAAUUGGUUUUGCCUAAAUCCCAAAUUGAGAAGGCUCUGGACUUUGUAAUGUUCGUAAACUGCCAAAGUGGCCAUGAACUCUUCCCCUUCUCACUGUUCCUGUGCAUGGAGUUUGUCCUCUCUUGCUGCUCUCGGACCCCAUCAAAUGUACCUGAACUAUCUAUCCUCCAUGGUGAAAGAAGAGCCUGGUCACUAUUGCCAUUGUGUGUGUGACAGUUUUAUCAACUCAGCAGACUCAGAAGAGCAUCUAGCCACGACCAACAAAAGAACUGCCUAGCUGAGCCAGUCCCAACUGGGGAUUCCCACUGGAGAGGAGAAGUUUGGUACUCCUAUAUGUUCAUUUACCAUCAAGGAUAAACCUCUCGCAUGUCAGGAUGUUUGGCCCUGAAUCAGUUACUCAUCCUUCACCUUCCUUGACAGACUUUUCAGUCUGCGUUAUUGUGGGGAGACAUGUGAUUGGGUGAAGUGACUAAAGAAGAUGAUGCUUGCUAUCCCAUAAUCCAGCCGUAGUCUAUUCUCUUACUGAUUGAUGUAUACCCUCUGAAGAAGGUUGGGCAGAAUUUCCUCAAGACUUUUCCAGGGCCGCCUGCCUGGAAUUCCAAAGUCUAUUCUGCUACCAUCCAUUGUUCUUCAUGACAUUUCCCAAAAAGGUCCCAUGUGUGUGAUGUAAGAAGCUGCUGGGUGAGGGUUUGAGGGAUAAGCUGAUGUCAUUGCUUGGAGGGGAACUGGCCUGCCAAAGGAUGUCACAGUUACUUUGGCCUGCCCUAGAUAGAACAGGAAGAUACUUCAGCCCAGCGCUGGCACUUCCAAGGGCUGGAAGACAAAAGCCAUAACCCUGGUGCUGAGUUUUAGACUUGCUAGUGUCCCUGGCCUCAGAAAGCCUAGUCUGUCUGUUUGGGCUCUAAAUCAGUAUGGCAAAAACAUCACUUCUCAAUCACCAGCUUUUGAUUUCAACUUGCUCAGGCACCUCUGAAGAAUACUGGAUAGCUGCGGUAGCUAUUGUUACACUGAGCACUGUGUCAGGCUUCUUUCCACCAAAGAGCCCCAUAGCACAGGCUACAGAGACCAAAUAGAUUGCUUUGUAAAGCCAGGGGGCAUGUGUGAGCUUGGUGAAAGCUGAGGGGGGCAAUAGGAAAAACCUGUUAAAACUGGAAACAUAAAGUUCCAAGGCAAAAAGACAAUAGGCAGACAAUUUUUAAAAAAAUCAACGUAAAGAUGAUAACAGGCUUUUGAAAUAACUGGGAAAGGGGGGGGGGGCUCAGAUUGCUCUUUGUAGGGCUGCAUGAAUCAUUUUGAGUUUCCAGACCUUCAGCAGAGAGAGAAAGCAGUCGUUUCUGGGUGUGUGGAUAGGAGAUAAUGCUCCAUGGACAAGGCGAAGGUGGCUGUCCUCGGUGCCCUUGACUUUUCUUUACACAUCCCAAUAAUCUGUCCUGCAUAGGAAGUGCCUAUACAUAUUAGUUCCUUUCCUGUUUUCCUAGGGCAUAAAGUAAGUCUGGUAUAAGAGGUGAUCUUCAUCCACUUGAGUCCCUACAAUUUAAUAAGGAAGCUGAGACAUGCCCAAGAAAGGAUAAGAAUAUUUUAUGCAUAUGAAAGGAAAUAGUGCUAUGGAUAAAUUAUAAUAAACCCAGAGAUUUAAAUUUUUUAAAACUUAAA